AUGGCUACAUCUGCAGGCAUAAACCUGCGAGACUGCAAAGGGCUUCUCUGUCAUGGAGACUGGACUAUCUACUGGAACUAUGAGAAGAUGUAUAAGAAAGCUGCUUUACAAAGGAAAACAAAAAUAUGCCUCUUCUCAACACCUCAUCCCUCUCCUGUCACCUUCUUGCUGAUGGGCAUCCCAGGACUAGAGCAUCUGCAUGCCUGGAUUGGGAUUCCUUUCUGCUCCAUGUACAUGGUGGCCUUGGUGGGGAAUGUGACCAUCCUGGCCAUGGUGAAGGCAGAGAGAAGCCUCCAUCAGCCUAUGUUCCUGUUUCUGUGCAUGCUGUCAGUCACUGACCUGGUCCUCUCCACAUCCACACUGCCCCGCAUGCUCUGUCUGUUCUGGCUCGGAGUUCAUGACAUUGCCUUUGAUGCUUGCCUGGCCCAAAUGUUCUUCAUCCACAGCUUUACUGCCAUGGAAUCGGGCUUCUUCCUGGCCAUGGCCAUUGACCGCUAUGUGGCCAUCUGUGACCCACUGCGCCACGCCACCAUUCUCACACACAGUUGUAUAACUAUAAUGGGUAUCAUUGUUGUGUGUUGCGGGGUAGCUUUCUUUUCUCCACAUCCCAUCCUGCUUAAACAGCUGCCCUACUGCAGAACACGAAUCAUUGCCCACACCUACUGUGAGUUCAUGGCUGUGGUGAAGCUGGUGUGUAUGGACAUAGCUGCUACCAAAAGCUAUAGCCUCAGUAUGGCUUCUAUCAUUGGCUCAUGUGAUGUCAUUCUCAUUGCUGUAUCCUAUGCCUUCAUCCUGAGCUCUGUAUUCCACCUGCCAUCUCGAGAAGCUAGCUUCAAGGCUUUGGGCACGUGUGGCUCCCACGUCUGUGUCAUCCUUGUUUUCUAUUCCACAGCUGGGUUUUCAAUUUUCAUUCCGUUUGGGAAAAACGUGCCAGCACAUGUUCAUAUUUUCGUUGCAAAUAUGUACCUUUUGAUUCCCCCUUUUCUCAACCCCAUUGUGUAUGGAGUAAGGACCAAGAAAAUACGGGAACAUGUUCUUAAGGUGCUAAGGGUCAAAGCUGCUUGA